CAGAAACCGCUCAUCGCGUACGCCUGUUGUAAACAAAUUCAACGACUCGUUGCAUCUUUAGUGCUUCUCGGCAUCGCAGUGCUUUAUUUUCCUUUGGAAUCAUGUCGGAAAAGAAGUCAGCGGCAUCCGGCAACUCUGCCGGUGGCGGCGGUGGUGGUAGCGGUGGCGGUGAUAAUAAGGAAAAGCGACGAAAGGAAUCCAUUCUCGAUCUUAGCAAAUAUUUGGAGAAAACGAUACGCGUAAAGUUCUCCGGUGGACGGGAAGCGGCCGGUGUGCUAAAAGGAUAUGAUCCGCUGCUAAACUUGGUGCUGGACAAUACAAUCGAAUUUCUACGCGAUCCGGAUGAUUAUAAGCUGGCGGACGAUACUCGGCAUUUGGGGCUGGUCGUGUGCCGUGGUACAUCGGUAGUCCUAAUCUGCCCACAGGAUGGCAUGGAAUCGAUACAGAAUCCUUUCGUCGCACAGGAAGGCUAGCGAGACAAGAUCAGUUACUACACGGGGUGUUGUUUCGCUAUACGGAGCGUUCUAUCUGUCUGAUAGAACUUCCGUUGUAUGCCAAACGACACACUACUAUUUUGUGAUCGUAUUAACUCUCUCCCGGUGGUAAAAAUGAAGCAUCAUCGGAAUUGUUUUCAUCCAUCAGUUUGCUUCAGUUUCCAAAUUUUACGACCUUCUUUUUGUGUUUUGGUUCUAUACGCUGUUUCCGGCUAAUAAUUCAAUGCUUCAUUCAAUUCCAGCUUCAUUCUUCUUAAUUAUUCCUUGUUUCGUUAAGUUUUUUUUCUUUUAUUAUCGUUCUCUUACCAUUCAUUCUCAUGUUGUGUAUCAACGUAUAUCGGUUAACCAUAGCCACACACCCAGUGCUGGGAAGAACAGUCGUUGGAAAUGUGGUAAAAAAGUGGAAAAGACAGGAACGAAUCGAAUUAUAUUUACGGAAGAUCGGUAAAUCGAUCAAUUUAUUAACUGUUCUUAAGUAAUCUACUUAUACCAAUUUUGCUAGAAUCUGCCUGAACACACCUCUUUCUGUCAUCUUUGAUUCUGUUCCUGUUCUACACCGAUAGCACAAAUUCCACGGUGGCCUUUUCCACGCUGGGCUUACAAACAAAUAGUUGUUAAAUUGUAAUGCAAAUGAAAUAGGACAGGUUAAGAGAGGCAGAUAUUCAACAAAACUUACAACAACCAAGACGUGUAGGAACAAACGUUGCGGACCGGCGUUGAGCUGGGCUCGUGAUCGUAGCAAAUCAUUCGCGUCUACCUAAAUUUUAGUCGGUGUUGAGUUAGUCUUGUAAAUAAAUUCCAACCAUCUC